CCUCCUAUAUCCUACACCCAUACAUUGCUUAACUUUUGUUUGCUUACACCAACAUAUCUUUAAAUCAAUCCCCUCUUUCAAUUCUCAAGAAUCAGUUCAACAGAAGAGAGAGAUUUUCUAAACAAAUUUCCACUCUCUCUCUCUCUCUUUUUGUGUGUGAAAAGAUGAAGAACAACAACAGUAACACAAAGCUAAUCCUCCUCCACCCCUACAUCCAGAAACAAGGAAGCUCCAACCGACUAUGGCUGCUGGCCUUUGUUUCCUUCUUCACGCUUGCAUUCCUGCUCACGCUCAUCUACACUAGAGAAUCCACAAACACGGCAGGCUCUGCCGCCGCCGCGACAAUUGGAUCCUCCACAUUCGGCGGUGCUCCACUUCCAACCACCGUCAUCAACACCCUGAUCCACUACGCGUCGAUAUCCAACCACUCGUUCCACAUGUCCUACGCGGAGCUGAAGCAAAUCUCCGACGUGCUUCGGAAGUGCUCGUCGCCGUGCAACCUCCUCGUGUUCGGCCUCACCCACGAGACCCUUCUCUGGAAAGCCCUCAACCACAACGGCCGGACCGUUUUCAUCGACGAGAACCGGUACUACGCCGCCUACGUGGAAGAGAAACACCCGGAAAUCGACGCCUACGACGUGCAGUACACGACGAAGCUGAGCGACCUGCACGAGCUCGUAGCUUCAACGAAGAAACAGAUUCGAAACGAGUGCCGUCCGGUGCAAAAUCUGUUGUUCUCCGAGUGCAAGCUUGGCCUUAACGACCUCCCCAACCACGUGUACGAGGUGGACUGGGAUGUCAUAUUGGUGGACGGGCCACGCGGGGAGUGGCCGGACGCGCCGGGUCGGAUGUCGCCGAUAUUCACCGCCGGCGUGCUAGCGAGGAGCAAGAAGAGCGGGAAUGCGAAGACGCACGUGCUUGUGCAUGACUUCUAUGGGGACGUGGAGAGGGUUUGUGGGGAUGAGUUUCUGUGCAGAGAGAAUUUGGUGGAGGCGAGUGAGAUGCUUGGGCAUUAUGUUUUGGAGAGAAUGGAUGAAAAUAGCUUCGACUUCUGUCGCAACAUGAGUACUACUACAGCACCAAAAGCAGCUGCAGCUUCAUCUUCCUCCUAGCUAUUUGAUCCUAUUUCAUUCUUCUCAUCUCCAUCAUCUUCAUAAUCAGUAUAGUACUCCCAGUCGUGGGUCAAUCGCAUAAAGUGGUGAACAAAGUGGAUAUUUAUGAUCAUUUUGAUCUUAUUAAGAACUUGUUUCUUGGGUGGGGUAUGUAAAAAAUAAUUCUUUUGGCAUUGCAAUCCGCAAUUUCAUUCAAUUGAAAGUUCUGCUUUUUCCAAUAUUAUUACUGGUUUUUUUUUU